GCCUUGCGCCGAAUUUUCCCGCCAGGGAGCACCAACGGCGCCGUGCUUUAAAAAUGGCGUAGGUGGGUAUGUGAAGGAAUGUAACGGUUGUCGAAGGUCCUUUUAUCUGGCGCACAAUCACGUGCAUUCCUAGCCGUGCACAUAAUAAUCUCACAGCUCAUACCACAACUGCGCAGAAAGUGUAUAUGCGAAGAAAGUCGGUCUGUUCUUAUGAGAGUCUAUGGCCACAAGACCACUGCGCCCCGCACCACCACCACCGGUUUCUAAUCACAGUGCACAACCUCAAGCACCACCUCUCGCUCAGAGGGACACAAACAACAAUAGGAAUGAAAGGAAAAAUGUGGUUCCUCCCAGUCGUCCCACAGUCAUCCGGCCCAAGGUCAUCGAAACUCCGAAGAAAAAGCCGCCUCCGAGACCUCCACCACCUAAAUCUGGAAGCAUCGUUUCCCGAGGCUCUUCGCAGAGCAAUUCUGGAUUUGUCAGCGACGGGACUGCGGCGGACCUCGACGCCGUCUUCGGAUCGACGGCCAAACCGGACGGCGCCGGCUGGACUGCACCCAACGGCACCAUCUCCGGCUUGUUCUCUCGGCGCGCCGGAUUCGCCAAGGGCCAGCUGAGCCUAUUCGGCUCGACGGGAAAGGGCGCCAAGAACGCACCGACCGCCAGGAAGGGUCCGGCGCCGAAGCAGCCCCAGGCGCGGAACUCGUUCCGGAACAAGGGCGCUGCGCCAGCGCCCCCCGUGCCGCCGCACCGGAGCAACCGUGCGGGUGCUCUGGACGGAUGCCCGUCGCUGAUCAGCUUUGACUCACCGCCGGCGUCGCCCACAUGUUCGGUGGCGAGUGGCUCGUCAGGUGCAAGCAGCGGCGCCUCCUGGCAGAGCGCCGGUGGAGCCGGUGGCGGCGUUGGGCCAGUGUCGCUCUUGGACUUGGACAUACCGCCUUUGCAGGAACUCCCAUGGAACAACCAGCCGGGCCUUCCGCAUUCACGGACGACCCACUGGGGGCGGGCCCCCGCGGAGCUCGAGGGGGGCGCAGGGGACACGGCCGGAGACGACGCCUGGAACUUCCCCAGGAACAACUCUCUCCCGAGCCUCUUGGUGGCCUCGCAGCAGGACACGACGACGCCUCUGGACCCGUGGAGCUUUCCAGACACGCAGCAUGGGGCAUACGACGAGGCUGAGGUUUCGCCGACGGAAGACUGGUCGCCACCGCCGCCCCUUCACCCGCCUCCGGAGCCGCCACCCGAGGAUGACGGCUCAGUGCCGCUGUCAGGUGCAGCUGUGGCCAAAUGUGACUACCAUGCGUCUGGACCUGAUGAGCUUUCUUUCAAGGCGCACGACCUGAUUGCCCUUCUGUCGGAGGAGCGACCCGGCAUGUUCAGGGGCCGCUGCGGAAACGAGGAAGGGCUGGUUCCCAAACGCUGUCUCGACGUCCUCAGUUUCCCCAAGGCAAGUGGAGAGCCCGGCACCGAACAGGGAAAGGCGGGGACCGCCACUUGCAGGGUACUUUACGACUUUGAGGCGGAGUCUGGCCAAGAGCUGAGCCUGAAGCAGGGUGACCUGGUCCACUACCUGGGGCCCGUGGACGGGGACUGGGCCCUCGGGGAGCUAGGGGGUCGGAGGGGCCGCUUUCCGGCUGCCUUUGUCGAGUCACCCCAGCAGCCGCAGCAGCCCACGGGUUGCCCAGCCGUCGCGCUCUACAGCUUUUCUACCGAACAAGAUGGGGAUCUUGGCUUUUGCGAAGGGGACACCGUGACUGUCCUGUCGCGGAUCAACAAGGAUUGGCUCUACGGCGAGCACAGGGGGCGCAAGGGUCAGUUUCCGGCUUCUUUUGUGCAGCCCAUCUCCAAGCAGACCACGGCAAAGGGUACAAGUGUAGAUAUCUACAGGGCUGCAUUUCCGUUUGAAGCCCAACACGGCGAUGAGCUGACCCUCCAUCCAGGCGACAAGGUUCAAGUCACGCGAAAGGUGAACGGAGACUGGUGGCAGGGUCGUCUGCUCGGAAACUCGUCGACGUCUUCCGCCGAGGGCAUCUUUCCCGCCUCCUUCGUCGAAAGACUCUCGUAGAAGAGACGUGCCAAGAAGAUCCAGACAUGGAGAGGCGUUGCCCGUGAACGUGCUAAAUUCGUCCGCGAAACUCACUGAAGCCGCACCGACCUCAGUGUGGCCAGGUGCCGACUCGUCGUUCUUUCGUGUCAGUAGGAGCAAGCGAGCAAACGGUCGUCGUCGAUGUUGUCGUGCUUUUAAAAUUGAGCAAUCUCAGGUUGAAGGACGUCGGCAGCGAGAGGAAAGGUGAAGAGAUCUCCGGUGCAAGCUGUGAGCAUCCGGCGUCGUCAACGGCAGUUAGGUGUGUCUGCAGUCAAAGCGUUUUCGUAUGCGUCCACAUUGGUUUGAGUAAGUGGUGCACACAAUUUCUAAGGUUAUUUUAGCUUUGGACAAUGAAGAAAGAGCACAUUCGUCGUACGAGACCCGGCCUUCUCCACAUUCCCAAUCGCAGUCGUGCCGGUGUCUUUUUGGUGUUUAUGGCACCAUCUGAGGAGAAUAUUGGAAGGCGUUGUCUUGGGAGGACUCUGCGAAUUAGUCAGUACCUAGAGUGCUGCUCUCUUUGCCGUUGUUUUUUAGUGUUGUAGAAAGGAGGGGAGAGUGACUGUGGGAGAUGAUUUUUAUUUAUACGAAACAAUAAAUUAUAUGCCCUGGAA